GUAAACAAAAGAUUUCGUCAGUGUUUUCCAGGAGCGCAACACUGACCCGUAUGUUUCUCAGGUCGAGCGUCCUUUAGUUUUUUUUUUCUUUUGUUCACAAACAAACAAAGUGUGGGAACACACUACAUUUUCAAAAUUACAUUUAUCUCAAAUUCCAAGGAACAGCGAUGUCAGCGCAAAAACUUAUCAAACAGGAAGAAAGUCUUCACGACUCAUGGGUAGAGCUCCACUUUGAUUCAUGCAGUGAACACAGUGAGGGCACACCAGCCAUGUCUGAUAUCACAGACCUGGAAAAAAUGCUUCUGGAAGCACAACGGGAAUCCAGCAGUAGUUCACGGACAAGUUCUCACUGUAGCAGUCCUCAACGUGUCCAGACACCUCCACUCAUCAGUGCAGCCUCCUUUAACAUACACGCCAUUGCACAGGGGGAAGUUGUAGCAGAAAGUAAACAGGAAGCUGAGGCUGUCGCAAGGAUCUGUGACUGGUCCAGCCGACCGGAGAAUGUACCACCAACGGCAUUUGUUAUUAAACGGCCAAAACGGAACAGAAUGUGCGGCAAAAACGCAGACAAAAAUGACAAGGAAAUUAACACAAACUUGCUGAAGUUACUGCUACCCUCUCUAGUUCUGACACACAUCCUUAUGCUUGGGUUGGGGAUCUGCAUUGGACGACGUCUUUCCACUCAGUGCUCUGUUAUCUGAGUCAUAGCGCAUGAAUAUGUGUGUGUGUCAGUGUCUCCAGAAAGAACCUGACAGCCUGGAAGCCUUUAGUUUUUCUCCAGGAGAAAUGCAGGGCUAUGUAAGAGGAUGCUGUGAAAAUAUGAUGAGAGAUGGAAACACUCUGGUUCUCCUGUGGGGAAUUUGGCACAGAUUUAAAAAAAAAAAGAUUAAUCCGGUUCUGUAUGUGUAUCAGAUUAGAUUAACCUGAAAAUAUGCCUAAUAGAUUUCAUCUCUUUUUUUUUUUUGCUUGGAACUAAAAUGUUUGCUACUUUAAAUACUUGAGCGUAAAGAUCACUUUACUGACCAGGUCACAUUGUAGUCCUUCAGACCACCAACAUUUUUAAUCAUUAUUUUUAAAAAAUGUUUGACAGAAAUUUCAGAGGCAUAUACAUACGUGUUCUGUCAUUUAUUAUAACGUAACAUGCUAUGGAAAACCAAUAAAGCCUUUUACUGAAA